GAAUGUUGUUUUGUAUUGUUCUCAGAUGUUUAAUAGUUUAAUAAACUUAGUUUAAUAAACGUUGUAUUUUUAUUAGUAAAAAUACAGAGAAAUAAAACAUGGUGGCAGCGAAAAAAUAAAAGCCAGCGAGAAAAGAAGCCAAAAAAGUCAAGGAUUGUAAGAAUAUUUCAGGAAGUUGGUAGUCACUGUGGUAAACACGUUGAAAAAAGAAUCAAAAAUGGACGUGAGGCUGCCGGAGCAGAUGAAGUUUACGGGAAAUAUAAGCGAAAAUUUCAAGUUAUUUAAACAAAAUUUUGAAAUUUUCUUACUGGCCAAAGGGAAACAAGAAGUACAAGAUGAAGUAAAAGUAGCUUUGUUGUUAAAUUGUAUGGGUCAAGAGGCGAUAAAUGUCUACAAUACGUUUUCACUUAAUGAAGCUGAAAAGAAACAAUACCAGAAGGUCAUAGACGAGUUUGGGAAAUAUUGUAAUCCGAAAAAAAACGUUAUAUAUGAAAGAUAUAUGUUCUUCUCACGUAAACAAGAAGAGGGUGAAGGGAUCGACAAAUUUGUGACAGAUCUGAAGAAACUAGCGGAAAGCUGCGAGUUCAAUGAGCAAAAAGACUCGCUAAUAAGAGACAGGAUUGUCUUGGGAAUCACAAAUUUGAGACUACAAGAAAGAUUGUUGACUCGUGAAGACUUAAAUUUAGAAAAAGCAAUAAACGAAUGUCGAGUUGCUGAAAUAUCAAAGCUUCAAAUUGAUGAAGUACAGAAAGAUCAAAAGCAAGUAUAUGGAGUUAGAAAAGAAGAGAGAAGAGGAUACGAAAAAGAAAAUAAGCUGAAGAAAAAUGAAGGUAAUAAGUUUGAUUGUAGGAAAUGUCUCUCGAAGCAUGGACCAAAACAGUGCAAGGCAUAUGGGCAGAAGUGUUUUAAGUGUGGCCUAGUCAAUCAUUUUGCAAAGGCAUGUACCAGAAAACCGGUCAAGAAAGAGGUUAAGGAGGUAUCAAAAGAAAAGGGUGAUGACAAUGUAAAUGUUGAUAAAUUUUUUGUAAAUUCUAUUAACACACAAAACUGUAAAGCACUAUAUAAAGAAGUGGACAUUAAAGGUAAAUGUCCUCAAAAGUGUUCGAUAAAGCUUAAAAAGUGUUGUCAACCUGUAGCACAUCCAGCAAGGAGAGUACCAUUAGCAAUUAAGGAGGAGUUAAGAAAAACAUUGAAUGAGCUAGAACAGAAAGGUAUAAUUAGCAAAACAGAUAGUCCAGGAGAUUGGGUAAGCAAUCUUGUUAUAAUCGAGAAAUCUAAUGGCAGUUUACGGCUAUGUUUAAAUCCUCAGGAUUUGAACAAGGCCAUACAAAGAAAUUUUUAUACUAUUCCCACAAUAGAGGAUAUAAGUUCAAAAUUGUGUAAUAAAAGUUGGUUUACUGUAUUAGAUUUCAAGGAUGGUUUUUAUCAAGUUGAAUUAGAUCACAAAUCAAGUGAGUUGUGCACGUUCAGUACAGUGUUUGGUUGCUAUAAAUUUUUGAGACUACCCUUUGGGCUUACUAAUGCUCCUGAGUAUUUUCAAAAAGUAAAUGAGGAAAAUUUUGGGGAUAUAGAAGGUGUUAUAAUAUAUUUUGAUGAUUUGUUGAUAGCAGCAAAUACUGAACAAGAGCAUGACGCUAUACUGAAAAAGGUGAUAGAAAGAGCACAAAUGCUAAAUAUAAAAUUUAAUCAAACAAAGUUACAGUAUAAAGUAAACGAAGUAAAUUACGUUGGACAUGUUUUUUGCAAAGACGGAAUGAAACCGAGUAAAGAUAGAGUAAAGGCAAUUCAGGCUAUAGAAAAUCCGACUAACUUGAAAGAGUUACAGAGAGUUCUCGGAAUGUUAAAUUAUUUGAGAGGAUUUAUUCCUAAUUUUGCAAAAGUAACAAGUCCAAUAAGAGAGUUAUUGCGUAAAGACGUACAUUUUCAGUGGAAUCAAAAACAUACAGAAGUAUUAAAUAAAUUAAAAGACAUACUAGCUAGUGAUCUUGUACUAGGGACAUUUCAAAGUGACAAACCUAUAGUUAUUCAGACAGAUGCGUCAAAAGAUGGAUUGGGUUGUUGCUUAAUGCAGGACAAACCAACAUAUCAUGGUUCAAGGUCACUAACAGCACUGAAAAGAAUUAUUCACAGUGUGAAAAAAGAAUUGCUUGCUGUGGUAUUUGCUGUAAGUAAAUUUCAUCAUUUUAUUUAUGGCAGAGAUGUCAAAAUUAUAACUGAUAAUAAACCAUUGUUGGGAAUAAUGAAGAAAGAUUUAAGCAAAGUACCAUCACCAAGGUUACAAAGACUCAAGUUGAAACUAAUUAGAUAUAAUCUAAAUUUUGAAUAUUGUCCAGGUAAACAUAUGUAUAUUGCUGAUUUGUUGUCAAGGUCAUAUAUUAAAGAUGAAGUACAAGAUGAUCCAGAUAUGAAAGAGAUAGUGCAUAGUAUUGAGAAGCAUUUUAGUAUAUCUGAGGAGAGAAGAGCUCAAUUUGAGAAAGCUAUACAGCAUGAUAGUGACCUAAGUAAGUUAAUAGAGUAUAUAAAAAAUGGAUGGCCUAAAUAUUUUAAGAUGAUACCAAAUUCUUUAAGACCAUACUGGCAAUAUCAAAAUGAUAUAACAUUAUCAAAUAACUUAUUAUUAUUAAAGGACAGAUUGAUAGUUCCAAGAACAUUAAUACAAGACAUGUUAGAUCUUUUACAUGAAACACAUUUUGGAAUGACAAAGACCAAACAAAGAGCCAAAGAAAUGUUAUAUUGGGUAAAUAUGAAUGCUGAGAUAGAAAAGUUAAUAAGAAAUUGUCAAAUUUGUGAGAGAUAUUCACCAAAACUCUGUAAAGAACCAAUGAUACCACAUGAGAUACCUAACUACGGAGGCAAACAUUAUCUGAUUCUCAUGGAUUAUUAUUCAAAAUGGCUAGAGAUUAAACAAAUGAAAGGAAAAACAUCAUAUGAUGUGAUUAAUGCACUGAAAGAGAUAUUUUCAAUACAUGGUAUACCUGAUGAGUUAAUUUCAGAUAACAUGCCAUACAACUCAUAUGAAUGCAGACAGUUUGCCAAGCAAUGGAAUUUCAAAAUAUGCACAAGUAGUCCUCAUUACCCCAAGUCCAAUAGACUUGCAGAGAAAGGUGUUGGAAUAGCAAAAAUGAUGCUUCGUAAAGAUCAAGAUUUAAUGUUAAGCUUGCUAAAUUAUCGCACUACUCCUAUUGUAGGGCUGAACCUGACUCCUUCACAAUUGCUAAUGGGACGAAACUUAAAAACUAAAAUCCCUAUUGAUGAAAAUAAAUUGUUACCAAAUAGUUAUAAUAAUUCUAAUAUUAAAAAUGAGAUUUUUCGGAACAGUUUUAAUGAAGGCCAAUUUGUUGUGAUUCAGAAUCAAAAUAAUAACGAGUGGGAGGCAGGUCAGAUUGUUAAACCUGUUCCUGACUCACCUAGGUCUUAUAUUGUCAAAGACUCAAGAGGCGCUAUUGUACGUAGAAAUAGUUCCCAUUUAAAAAGUUCUGAAAGUGGUUCAGUGAUUGAUCAAAAUACUUGUUGUGACAGUGCGGAUCAAAACUGUGAUAGUUCAUCCGAGAUAGUGUCCGUACAUCAAGAAAAUGAGCGUCCAAAAAGACAAAUUAAAAAUCCGGUUAAAUUUAAAGAUUACCAAUUAUUUUAA